AUGGAGAGUAGAUUUCACAAAUAUCUUUGCAUCCGUAAUACUUCCAAUAGUAUUAAUUAGGAGGGCAAGUUGGACAAAUAUUAUUUGUUGGUGUUCCAUAAUAGCAUUAUGUACACUAGUUAUUCUCUGGACCUGUGCAUGAAAUACAAGAUGGAUAACAUUAUCGUUUAGAGACAUGAAUAUUUCUUAAUGAAACCAAUCCUUAAUUUGCAUUAGAAGAUGUAAAUUUCAUAUUGCCAGAAAUUUAAUUUGUACCUGUUGUUGAUUGAAUAGUAAAAUUUACUGUUCUAACCUCAAAAGGAUGAGAAUCACAAAAUCCAGUUGUCAUUGAAAAAGUUGAUGGAGAAGUAUAGGAAUAUUGAUAAGAAAAUUAAUCUAAUGUAAAUUACAAAUUUUGAGAUGACCAUGUACCUUGAAAAUAUAAAUCUACAGACAUCCAGUAUCCAUCCAUGA